GAAGCUGCCCUUCGUCUCGCCCCCCCUUCCUCUCGCCGUCGGCGCCGCCGCCACUGCCGCCAUUCGCCGGCCCAGGUAAGAACAGAGCGUGGAGGGGAGGAAAGAGCACUGAGAGAGGGCGGCGCCGUAGGAACACUCACCUGUGCAUGACUGCGCUGGCUCGGCUCGCCGGAAGAGCAGUUCCUUGGAUCAGGGGUUCCAGCACCGCGGCGGCGGCGGCUCCUCGUGGCGUCGGCUUGUUCCCGCAGCGUAGGACCGCGUUCCAGGGCGCGAGGAUGGAGAACGGCGGCGGCCGCGGCGCCCUCAUAGUCCUGGAAGGGCUGGACAGGAGCGGCAAGACGUCGCAAUGCGCUCGGCUGCUGUCCUUCCUGCAAGGGAAAGGUUGCCUGGCUGAAGCCUGGCGGUUCCCCGACAGAGAGACCAGCGUCGGGAAGAUGAUCUCCGCCUACCUCGCAAACGAGUCGCAGCUCGAUGACCGGACCAUCCAUUUGCUCUUCAGCGCGAAUCGCUGGGAGAAAAGAAAUUUGAUGGAAAGCAAACUACUUGGUGGAACUACUCUUGUCGUGGACCGCUAUUCCUAUUCAGGGCUUGCAUUUUCAGCUGCUAAAGGACUUGAGAUUGAGUGGUGCAAGGCUCCAGAAGUUGGCUUGCUAGCUCCAGAUCUUGUAAUAUACCUGGAUGUACAACCAGAGAAAGCGGCCGAAAGAGGAGGCUACGGGGGUGAGAGAUAUGAAAGAGUUGAGUUCCAAAAAAGAGUUGCUGAGCAUUACCAUUCACUCCGUGAUUCAACAUGGAAGGUUGUUGACGGUUCCCUUCCCAUGGAGACCGUGCAAGAACAGCUAAGAGAACUAGCCAUGAACUGCAUCUCGGAAUGCCAGGGGAAGCAACUUACCAACCUUACCUGGUAGAGUUUGACCAUCCCACAGCGAAAUGCCGAACUGAUACAUCAUCAAGAUCUCUUUUUAAUUGUGUGAUUGACUAUUACUCUGGAUUAGAGCAUUUUCUUUGCCCGUUUAUGUACGUUGACAACUGUGAGCAAUAAAGCUAUGAUCUGAUAAUUUGGGGAGCAUGUAAUUUGAUGGUGACCUUUUGAUGCACGUCUUUGGUGACCUUGUUUUGAA